UCAAACGCCUCGUUGCCCUAAAACCAGUUGGUAUUCCCAAAUCAAAACCCUAAUAACAAAAAUUCAAAAUCAAAUUCAAAAUCAAAUUCGGAGAACAAGAAGACCAAGAAGAAGAAAAAGAAAAAGAUAAUGAAGGGUGGGACGGUGCAGAUUAACUGGCACCUCACGAAACCAGUCUUAACCCUCGAUUUCCACCCCAUUUCUUCUCUUCUCGCCACCGGCGGCGCCGAUUUCGACAUCAAGCUUUGGACAAUAAAUUCAGAUGAUACGGAGCAGAAACUACCAACAGCUUCAUAUCAAAGUAGCCUUUCCCAUCAUGGUUCAGCUGUAAAUGUGCUUCGCUUCUCUCCAUCUGGAGAACAACUGGCCUCUGGUGCAGAUGGAGGUGAGCUACUAAUAUGGAAGCUGCAUUCUACAGAGACUGGUCAAACAUGGAAGGUUUUCAAGACAUUAGCAUUCCAUCGCAAGGAUGUGUUGGACCUGCAAUGGUCAACUGAUGGUGCAUUUCUUAUAUCCGGAUCAGUAGAUAAUUCUUGCCUUAUAUGGGAUGCGAACAAAGGUUCCGUCCAUCAGAUUUUGGAUGCCCACUUCCAUUAUGUUCAGGGUGUUGCGUGGGAUCCAUUAGCCAAGUAUGUUGCUUCUCUUAGUUCUGAUAGAACUUGCAGAAUAUAUGUCAAUAAGCCUCAAGCAAAAGCAAAAGGAACUGAGAAGGUAAACUAUGUUUGUCAGCAUGUAAUUACAAAGGCAGAACAGCCAUCAGCAGAUAAUUGUAAGUCUACAAAAAGCCAUCUCUUUCAUGAUGAGACGCUUGCAUCUUUUUUUCGAAGACUAGCCUGGUCACCUGAUGGAUCAUUCUUACUUGUACCAGCAGGAUCUUAUAAAGUCUCGCCUGCAUCUGAAACAAUAAACACGGCUUACAUUUUUUCUCGAAGAAACCUUUCAAGGCCAGCUCUACAGCUUCCUGGUGCUAGUAAACCUGUAAUAGCAGUUCGCUUCUGCCCUAUGCGGUUCAACCUUCGGGGAUCAAUUCCAUCUGGAUUUUUUAAGCUCCCUUAUCGUCUCAUUUUCGCGGUGGCUACUCUGAAUUCUUUGUAUGUUUAUGAUACGGAAAGUAUUCCUCCAAUUGCAGUAUUGGCUGGUCUUCACUACGCAGCUAUAACAGACAUUGCUUGGUCAUCAGAUGCUCGUUAUUUAGCAUUGUCUUCUCAAGAUGGUUACUGCACCUUGGUAGAAUUCGAAAAUGAUGAACUGGGAUCACCUAUCUUAUCAGAACAAAAGAAAACCGCGGACGACAGUAGCAAUUGUCCUGUUGAGAAGCCAGAAGAUAUGGAAAUUGAAGAAGCACCAAAAGAUGGUCCUGUUGUAGCAAAUAACGAGAAAAUUGAAGCAGAAAAGAACGAAGGGAAACAAAAGUCAACAUCCUCAACUAGUGAUCCUUCCAUUGGGAAUAAGCCUGCGAAAAGGCGCAUUACUCCUAUUGCCAUUGACCCAUGAUAACUGCCAUCUUUACCUCUAUAAUCUAGUCCCAUUUUACAGGCUUUGCUUUGCUUUUGUUUUGACAAUGUUUUGGAAUGUGGGACAUGUAUAAUUUUUUUUUUUUUUUUUUAUAUUUUUUUAAAAAUGUGAAAUCAUAGAGGCUGAGCAAGAAAAACUCACUUUUUCCAUGAGAAGUAGCUUCUCUCUCCUAAUGCUUUUAUCUCUUCUGCUUCCCAUCGAUAUUAUAAAGUGGGAACUAAAGCUGAUGUAAAUGUGUAUU